GCAGAUACAAACGUACAGGACAGGCUGGGAAGGACUCCUCUCCACACGGCUAUUGCUGCUGAUGCUCUGGGAGUUUUCCAGACCCUGUUACGAUGCCGCCAGACAGACAUUGAUGCCAGAAUGCAUGACGGGUCCACACCACUCAUCCUGGCCUCGCGUCUUCCAGUACAAAACAUGGUGGAAGAACUGGUGGCAUGUGGAGCAGACAUAGGUGCAACAGAUAAGCGAGGUAAAUCAGCACUACAUUGGGCUGCCGCAGUGAACAAUGUACCAGCAAUGAAGACUCUUUUGUCUCAUGGGGCUAACAAGGAUCUUCAGGAUAAGAGGGUAAGAAACCAGCCUAACCCUGGC